GGGCGGGGCCGCGACUGCGCUCUCCACCCACAUACUCGUUAAGUUACCCCCCACGACUGGACCCAACCCUCGUUCCAUACCCUGACUCCGGCAGGGCUGAUCCGGGAUCUCGAUGGUGUAGUCCAGCUCAGCCGAGGCCAUGGUGAAGGUAUUGGUCAGCUUGGACGCCAGUCAGGAAGAGUCCCCGCCCUCCUGCGUAGGCCAUUUUCUCUCCAAGGUAAAAUAAUGACUAUUUUAAUUGGCUGCCACUUACAGAGAGACUCUGGCCCUGGGGACACAGAGAGAGGAAAGACGCACCCCUGCCCUUGAGGAACUCACACUCUAGUGAGAGGAUGUUGAUCCACAGCAUUCAUUCACCUGGUUGUUAAGGCUGACAGGAUUUCACAAUUGUCUCCAUCCCCGAGGCUACGUGGACGCCCUUCCUGGGAGCACAUACCCAGUGUCCUCUGGGGAACAGUGGAGCCAACUUCAGGACUGACUGAUCAUGACUUCUAUAAAGGAGCAGGCAGCAAUUAGCCGGCUCUUGAGUUUUUUACAGGACUGGGACAAUGCUGGCAAAGUGGCAAGGAGUCACAUCCUCAACAAGUUCAUUGAAACCAAUCAAGGCAAGACUGCCCCAGAACUGGAGCAGGAGUUUUCUCAGGGAGCCAGCUUGUUCCUGGUACGCUUGACCACCUGGCUCAGACUCACUUACAUGACUCCCUCGUGUUUAAAUAAGCUCCUGAGAUCCAUUGGCAUCUUCUUAUCAGCUGUAAGCAGUUAUCGGUACCUUACAGAAUUUCUUGAGGUUGGAGGUGUCCUAACACUCUUGGAAAUACUUGGACUGGAAAACAUCAAGGAAGAAGACAAGAAGGAAUCCAUCAAGCUACUUCAGACUAUUGCAAACUCUGGGAGGAAAUAUAAGGAGCUCAUCUGUGAAAGCUAUGGUGUACGAUCCAUAGCACAAUUUUUGGCAACAUGUAAGUCAGAAGAGACCCAGGAAGAAGUACAGAUUCUGUUGGAUUCUUUGGUCCAUGGCAAUCCAAAGUACCAGAAUCAAGUAUACAAAGGUCUAAUAGCUUUGCUGCCGUGCGUAAGCCCGAAAGCUCAACAGCUGACCCUGCAGACUCUCAGGACUGCCCAGUCCAUCAUCGGAAGCACACACCCCAGCAUCGUGGACUGCGUGCUGAAUGUUCUGCGCACAAUGCACCUGGAAGUCCAGUACGAAGCCAUCGCGCUCAUCAAGGACCUGGUCAACUACGACGUGUGCCAGCAGCUGCUCCAGGGGCUCGUGGCGCUGCUGAUACCAUCGGUCAAGGAGACCAGCAAACUGCAGCCCAAGAUCCUCAAUGAAACGUCGGUUCUCCAGGUCACCGCCCACCUGCCGGUGUUCCUGCAGCAGGCAGCGGCCGCCAAGGCCAUCAGGGUGCUGGUGCGCAACAACGUGGCCCUCGCCGAGGAGAUGCUGCACCUGCGCGUGGUGCACAGCCUGCUGACUGCCAUGGGCAACACGGACCACAGCAACAGCCAGCGGCAGGCCAGCCUCACGCUGGAGUUCUUCGUGCAGACGUUCCCGCUGGUGGAGGAGCUCGUGCGCAAGUCCAUGGGGGAGGAACUCUUCAAGCUCUUCCUCAGCAACGCCGAGGACUUGUACAUGAAAAUAGACAGCAUUCAGGCGGACAUCCUGGCGGCCAACAAAGUCAAUAUCUCCAAAGCUUUACACCUCAGCAGCCUCUCCCAAAGCAACAUGAGACUUUACCUCGGCCCGCGGGAUCAGAAUCAGCUGACCUACACCCAGAGCUACCAGGAGGAGAACGGGCAAACAAAUGAGUAGCAGCCUCUGAGGCAAGCCAGGAGGGGCAGGCUGUGUGGCAAGGAAGCCUGGCAGAGGGAGCCUGGGCUCAAGCUCCAGGGCGCACCACCUGGCCUGGGUGGGCAGCGGGAGGUGGGGUGAAGCAUACCACUAGCUGGAGGCAGAGCUGCUGCCUGGGAAGGGUUCAAUAAACAGUCUUGCUCUCUAUCUGUUUGUGUGAGGAG